AUGAGUACCCUCAACCUCCAUCUCGCCAUCUCAAAGGAGCGCGGUCAAGGUCAGCCUCGGCACUGGAUCCUGAUGCUUGCAGAAGAAAACGCCACUCAUGCUAUCUUCCACCAUGUGACUGGCGGACCCAUGCACGGUAAGCCGUAUGAAGUUGUCAUUGAGCCCAAGCGCGUUGAUAGCCAUGGUAUCGAGAAGCGUUACUUGAUUGCUCAGGUCCUCAAGAAGGAUAGGCAGAAGGUCAAGGCUGCUGUUCGGCAAGCUCCUCCGCUGUUCUGUCAGCGCUGGAUCUUGAACGUUCUUGAGGACUUGGAGAAGCAGGGUAUUGUUCCUGAAGAGACUUCUUCCAAAUGGAAUGAAGCCUUGGAAACUGAUCCGUUCUCCAAGGAUGGUGCUCCUUCGAAGAAGUCUUCAGGUGACGGCGAUGCUACUGACGCUUAA